UCUACGUCACCGUAACCUCCUCCACCCAUCCCCGUUCUCACGCGGCUCGCUCAGGGCUCGAGCGUCUCCCCAUCGGAACCCUAAUCCUCUCUUUCCCUACUCGCGGAAGCCAACUCCACCGGCAGGGGAAGCGGAAGGGAAGCACCUCGGCCCCGGCAAGAUGGUGCUCGCACAGCUGGGCGGGAGCAUCUCCCGCGCCCUGGCGCAGAUGAGCAACGCCACGGUGAUCGAUGAGAAGGUGCUCAACGAGUGCCUCAACGAGAUCUCGCGCGCGCUCCUACAGGCCGAUGUCCAGUUCAAGAUGGUCCGCGACAUGCAGGCUAACAUCAAGCGCAUCGUCAACCUCGAGGCGCUUGCCGCAGGCACCAACAAGCGCCGCAUCAUGCAGCAGGCUGUCUUCACGGAACUCUGCACCAUGUUAGAUCCCGGGAAGCCUUCUUUCACUCCCAAAAAGGGCAAGCCAAGCGUAGUCAUGUUCGUUGGUCUGCAAGGUUCUGGUAAAACUACUACUUGUACAAAAUAUGCUUAUUAUCAUCAGAAGAAAGGAUUCAAACCAGCACUGGUUUGUGCUGAUACAUUUAGGGCUGGUGCUUUUGAUCAGUUAAAGCAAAAUGCAACGAAGGCCAAGAUUCCCUUUUAUGGAAGCUACAUGGAAUCUGAUCCAGUGAAAAUUGCUGUUGAGGGUGUGGAGAGGUUCAAGAAAGAAAACUGUGAUCUCAUCAUUGUGGACACAAGUGGAAGGCACAAACAAGAAGCAGCACUCUUUGAAGAAAUGCGGCAAGUUUCGGAAGCAACAAAACCAGACCUGGUGAUUUUUGUGAUGGACAGUAGUAUUGGUCAGGCUGCAUUUGAUCAAGCACAGGCAUUUAAACAAAGUGUUUCUGUUGGUGCUGUGAUUAUUACAAAAAUGGAUGGUCACGCAAAAGGCGGUGGUGCCCUUAGCGCGGUCGCAGCAACAAAAAGUCCUGUUAUAUUCAUUGGAACUGGCGAGCACAUUGACGAGUUUGAAGUUUUUGAUGUGAAGCCAUUUGUUAGUCGCCUGUUAGGAAUGGGAGAUUGGGCAGGCUUUAUGGACAAGAUUCAUGAAGUCGUACCUACGGAUCAACAACCUGAGCUUCUGCAGAAACUGUCUGAAGGAAGCUUUACUCUCAGGCUUAUGUAUGAGCAGUUCCAAAACAUUCUGAAAAUGGGUCCUAUUGGACAGGUCUUCUCUAUGUUGCCUGGGUUUAGCGCCGAACUAAUGCCAAAAGGACAUGAGAAGGAAAGCCAGGCUAAGAUUAAGCGCUACAUGACAAUGAUGGAUUCCAUGACUGAUGCAGAGCUUGACAGCACAAAUCCUAAGCUGAUGACUGAAUCACGGAUCAUUCGGAUUGCACGGGGGUCUGGUCGUCCUGUCAGGGAUGUCAUCGACAUGCUGGAAGAGUAUAAGCGGCUUGCUAAAAUCUGGGGCAAGAUGAAGGGUCUCAAGAUCCCAAAGAAAGGGGAGAUGAGUGCACUGUCCCGCAACAUGAAUGUUCAGCACAUGAGCAAGGUCCUUCCUCCGCAGAUGCUUAAACAGAUUGGUGGCAUGGGCGGUCUGCAGUCUCUGAUGAAACAGAUGGGAUCGAAGGAGAUGAGCGGAAUGUUUGGAGGCAUGGGUGGCGAGCGGUAAUUUUACGUCCUGUUUUUGGUGGAUCGUCGCUGUGAACUUGUGAUGCUAAAUUGAGAGGGUUUAGUGCUGCGGUCUGAUCAUCGUCAGAGGUUUCCAUGAAGAUCAGCCUGCGCCAUGUUAUGGAACAGGCUUGCUGUAGCUCCCCAUGCCUGAAAUUUAAUUUAUAUGAUUAUGAACAGUACAUUUGUCCUCGAAAAAAUGUAUAAGAUAUAAUAUUUGAC